AUGAAGAGCUCUUUAUUUCUUUCAGCGUUUGCUGCGACAGCACUCGCUAGCAGUAUUCAGGAUAAAGUGGAGGCAUACAGUUGUGCAAAAUCAUGUGUUGAUAUAACAAAAAUAAGCUGUGGACAAGAGGCCGUGAAAGAUUUUGAGACAUGUCUGGACAAGACAAGCUGUUCUGAACGACAGAAAAAUGACAUCUAUCAAAUAGUCCAAAAGGGCUGUGAAGUGGUUCAACCUCCAAUGACAACGACGCCCCCAAGUGUUCCAACGGAACUCAGUCACGAGGAAAUGAAAAGAGCUUGGGGACCUUGGACAGGUACUGAUGGUCCGUGGUCAAGCUGGACAGGUUCUGGUCCGUGGUCGAGCUGGACUGGGACGGGGCCAUGGCCAACGACCGGACCAUAUUCCAGAGGAGGCCCAGGUGGACGUCCAGGGCCUGGCCAUGGCCCAUUUGGCGGUGGUUGGGGUCCUUGGGGCUCAACUGGAGCAUGGACAAGCAACCCAUGGACUUCGUGGUGGGAGGGUAACAACGGUUGCCCGUCUGGGACGUGGAGUGGUUGGACUAGCGGACCCUGGUCAACAAACGCACCUUGGACUACCUGGAGUGCUUGUACCGCAACAACGACGGGUAGCUCAACUUAUACUACCACCACGAGUGGUAGCGUCGUAACAGGGACCAGUUUUGCAGUAAGGGUUGCAGAGGCGACGGCUGGUGUGACGGGUACCAAUUUAGGAGCUUCAAUGCUACCUCCGCAUGCGGUUAAGUUAUUGUUGUUAUGUGCUGGUGUUGCGGCUCUGAUCAUUUGA